CCAGUUUUCUCUUCCUCUUUGCCCUCCUCCAGCUGGGAGGUCUGAGAGGCAUUGCCCAAGAUUCCCUGCCGUGGCUGGAGGUGUUCUUGUGGAGGAGACGUUCUGCAGCUGGGUUUUCUGAGACUGAGGUGGCUGUCAGCUGCACCUGAAGAGUAAGGAUAUGGCAAUGAACAAGGGCCCAACGCUGCCGGAUGGAGACCUCCCUGAACAGGAGAAUGUGCUCCAGAGAGUCCUGCAGCUGCCCGUGGUGAGCGGCACCUGUGAAUGCUUCCAGAAGACCUACAACAGCACCAAGGAAGCGCACCCCCUGGUGGCCUCUGUGUGCAAUGCCUAUGAGAAGGGCUUACAGGGUGCCGGCAACCUGGCUGUCCGGAGCAUGGAGCCGGUGGUCCGCCGCCUGUCCACCCAGUUCACAGCUGCCAAUGAGUUGGCCUGCAGAGGCCUGGACCACUUGGAGGAGAAGAUCCCAGCCCUUCAAUACCCUCCAGAAAAGAUCGCUUCUGAACUGAAAGGUACCAUCUCUACCCGCCUUCGAAGUGCCAGGAACAGCAUCAGCGUGCCCAUCGCAAGCACUUCCGACAAGGUCCUGGGAGCCACUCUGGCUGGCUGUGAGCUUGCCUUAGAGAUGGCCAAGGAGACAGCGGAAUAUGCUGCCAACACCCGAGUUGGCCGACUGGCCUCUGGAGGGGCUGAUCUGGCUCUGGGAGGCAUUGAGAAGGUUGUGGAGUUCCUCCUGCCGCCAGACAAGGAGGAGUCAGCCCCUUCGUCUGGCCGCCAGCGGGCCCAGAAGGCUCCUAAGGCCAAACCAAGCCUCAUGAGGAGGGUGAGCACCCUGGCCAACACUCUUUCCCGACACACCAUGCAGACCACAGCCUGGGCCCUGAAGCAGGGUCACUCUCUGGCCAUGUGGAUCCCAGGUGUGGCACCCCUGAGCAGCCUGGCCCAGUGGGGUGCCUCAGCAGCCAUGCAGGUGGUGUCCCGGCGGCAGAGUGAGGUGCGGGUGCCCUGGCUGCACAACUUGGCAGCCUCCCAGGAUGAGAGCCACGAUGACCAGACGGACUCAGAGGGAGAGGAGACAGAUGAGGAGGAGGAAGAAGAAGAAUCAGAGGCUGAGGAGAACGUCCUCAGAGAGGUUACAGGCCUGCCCAACCCGAGAGGCCUCCUGGGUGGUGUGGUACACACCAUGCAGAAGACGCUCCAGAGCACCAUCUCAGCGGUGACAUGGGCACCUAAAGCUGUGCUGGGCACGGUGGGAAGGAUCCUGCACCUCACACCAGCCCAGGCUGUCUCCUCUACCAAAGGGAGGGCCAUGUCCCUAUCUGAUGCCCUGAAGGGCGUUACGGAUAACGUGGUAGACACUGUGGUACACUAUGUGCCGCUUCCCAGGCUGUCUCUGAUGGAGCCCGAGAGCGAAUUCCGCGACAUCGAUAACCCUCCUGCAGAGGCCGAGCGCAAGGGGUCCGGGGCACGGCCUGCCAGUCCGGAGUCUCCGCCACGCCCGAGCCAGCCCCGCGGUAGCCUGCGCAGCAUGAGGGGUCUCAGCGCGCCCUCGUGCCCCGGCCUGGACGACAAAACGGAGACAUCGGCGCGUCAGGGCUUCCUGGCUAUGCCCAGGGAGAAGCCUGCACGCAGGGUUAGCGACAGCUUCUUCCGGCCCAGCGUAAUGGAGCCCAUCCUUGGCCGUGCACAGUACAGCCAGCUGCGCAAGAAGAGCUGAGCCGCCUGCGCCCCUCCUCGCCCUGGCCCCACCACCACGGGAGGGUCUUUUCGCCCCAAAGAAACGGAAACCACACUUCCAAGUGGGCCUCUCCUUUAGGGUGGUCCCUUGGGAGCUGGAACCACAACCCCACGAUGCUGUCAGGCACACCAUUUCUAAA